AUGGCAGAUGCCGCCGGUGCUACGGGAGGCCCCGGGGGCCCUGGAAUGGGAGGCCGCGAUGGCUUCCGCGCAGGCUUCUGCAGCGGGGGCCGGGGUCGCGGUCGGGGCCGGGGUCGCGGUCGGGGCGGGGGCCGAGGCCGCGGAGCUCGCGGAGGCAAGGCUGGGGACAAGGAGUGGCUCCCCGUCACCAAGGUGGGCCGCCUGGUCAGGGACGUGAAAAUCAAGUCCCUGGAGGAGAUCUAUCUCUUUUCUUUGCCCAUCAAGGAAUCUGAGAUCACUGACUUUUUCUUGGGGUCAUCCCUCACGGGGGAGGUUUUGAAGAUCAUGCCUGUGCAAAAGCAGACCCGUGCUGGCCAGCGGACCAGGUUCAAGGCAUUUGUCGCCAUCGGGGAUUACAACGGACGUGUUGGUUUGGGUGUGACGUGCUCUAAGGAGGUAGCCAUUGCUAUCAGUGGGGCCAUCAUUCUGGCCAAGCUCUCCAUCGUCCCCGUGCGACGAGGCUACUGGGGGAACAAGAUUGGCAAGCCCCGUACCGUCCCCUGCAAGGUGACUGGCCGCUGAGGCUCUGUGCUGGUGCGCCUCAUCCCUGCCCCCAGGGGCACUGGCAUCGUCUCAGCCCCUGUGCCCAAGAAGCUACUGAUGGUGGCUGGAAUUGACGACUGCUACACCUCUGCCAGGGGCUGCACUGCCACGCUGGGCAACUUGGCCAAGGCCACUUUUGAUGCCAUUUCCAAGACCUACAGUUAUCUCACUCCUGAUCUCUGGAAAGAGACGGUGUUCACCAAGU